UACUUUUCCGGGAUUUCACACCAUGUAGCCGACUCCUAUAAUUCCUGAUUUGUUUACUGAAUGAAGGACACGUCCACAGGAUAGUGUCCUUGGUGGAUCGCCUGACUGGAAAGCUGUUGUCUACAAGCAGAAGGACAACUUGACUUUCAGAGCAUAGAUCUCUCUCACCAUGGCCCACCAGCCUGCUGAAAAUCCUCACGAAGAGGCCUACAUCGCCCUGAUGAGAGGCUUGAAAGAGCUGGACCUCCGUAACCCCUGUGUACCCAGUGACCUAGUGCUGAUUGGAGACCAUGCCUUUCCUUUAGCAAUGAACAGCCAGGGCCAGGUCCUGAUGGCCGCCUCUCUGUACGGUCGUGGACGGAUUGUGGUCAUGGGUCAUGAGGGCUACAUGACCACCUUUCCUGAUCUGGUAGAGAACGCUCUGACCUGGCUGAGAGGAGAUGGAUCCAAUAAUAUGUCUGUUGGAACCAGCCAAAAAGUUAAGGCAGUCGCUGAUAACCUCAGCAAGUCCAGCUACGAAGUCAAAGUUGUGGGAUCCUUCAGUGACAAACUGGGGCUUGGUGUGUAUGUGACAGAUGCAUACAGCGUUGGUCCACACGCGAAGGAGCUGGUGGCAUUUAUGAAAGCUGGAGGAGGAGUGCUGAUCGGGGGGCAGGCAUGGAGCUGGGCUGCGGGUCACCCUAAGGAGAACACGCUGCUGAUGUUUGUGGGGAAUAAGGUUUCUGGUGUGGCAGGGAUCUACUUCUCUGAGCACAGAGGUGUGAAGGAAUGCCUGCCUGUCUACCCUGAGAUCCCAUCUUCCUGGAUGGCUGUAGUGACUGGAAAGGAUUUUGAGGAUGACUUGGAGUUCUUACUUCAGGGAAUUAAAGAAUUUGACCUCCAGGGUAGUGCGAUAUCCUCUGAAGUCCUGGUCCACGGUCCCCUUGCCUUCCCCAUUGGUACCAAUGAGAGUGGACAGGCUUUCAUUGCAGGAACUUACUAUGGGCAGGGACGAGUCAUUACGGUCACUCAUGAGGGAUUUAUUGGACGAGAGUCACUGGCUCCAUUUUGGAAAAAUGCCAUUCACUGGCUGGAUGAAGGCCGGCAGGGCGUCGUUGGUGUGGAAGGGAAAAUUCCCCUCAACAAUCUCAGCAAGUCGGGGUUGCAAUGUGAGAAGACAGCCCUCAGGAAAGACCUGAGUGUGUAUGUGUGUCCAGUGUACAGCGAUAAACAAGCAGAGGAAAUCCUAGAGUUCGUGGCAGAAGGAGGAGGCCUGCUGAUUGGUGGACAUGCCUGGUACUGGGCUCAAUGUCACCGUGACAAAAAUGUAUUAACAGAAUUUCCAGGAAACAAGAUCCUGAACCCAAUGGGCUUGAGCCUGCUGGGUGCAAUGAUCAAAGGAGGGAACUACAAGGCCCCUGUGCCAAGCCAGGCCAUCAAAGACAACUACUACUUCCGCCACCUUCUACACCGCUUUGCCUGUCAUGUGACCCAGGGGGAGAAACUCAGCAAACAGGAAGAGGAAAACCUUAAAAAGCUGGGCCAGGACUGUGCCACCUACUUGACAAUGGAGGCUCAUGACUGCCCCUCCUAUAAACAGGUUGUGGCCUCCCUCACUGACAUCUUGACUAAGUCAGGCAUGCCACAGGUGUGUGACAAGUGUCCUGUGAGGAAUCCCAAAGACCACAUGCUCCUCACUCUGGGGCCAGCGGUGUAUAAGGCUAGCCCAGAUCCUGAUGCCCUCCUGCCCUACCUCAUCAAGCAAAACCCCAUGAUGCCAGUUGUCUACAACCACAGGAUCAAGAUAGAUGCUGACACAGCAGGAGGGGAGGAGUGGUUCAGUACAGGUCUCUACCUCUCUCCUGGUAUGAAGACCUACAUGGCCCUGCCAGCGGAGAUCGUCAACAAGGACUGGAAGAUCCAGAUAGGCUGUCAAACAGACUAUCUCAAAUCUCCAGUGCUGAAAAGAGCACCGAGUGUUCAUGAGCGAUUUCCAAUAACCUCAGAGAUGAUGCAGGUGUGGAACCUGUGGGGGGGACUCAUGUACGUGGUGGCUCCACCAAAAACAAAACUGAAUGGGGUAGAGGUCACAGUGCAGAUGGCUGUACCUGCGCCAUAUUAUAAAUCUGGCGUGACGACACCUGCCGAUUGGUCAGUGCUGCGCACAGCUCCUGCACCCUGGGCAGAGCUGGAGAUGGAAAACAUCAUCCUAACAGUACCAUCAGAUGUUGUUCGGAACCUGGAUCGCCCUGAUGAGGUGGCAGCGCUUUGGGAUGACAUCAUGAGGACCAUGGCUGACCUGGCUGUUAUACCACACAAAUUUCCUCGCAAAGAACGCUUUGUAGCAGAUGUGCAGAUUUCCCAUGGUUUCAUGCAUGCAGGUUAUCCUGUCAUGGCACAAAAAUGCUCAGCACCUGUGCUGGUCAACCCUGAGCAAAUUAGGACUAAAGGCAUGUGGGGGCCCAUCCAUGAACUGGGACACAACCAACAGAGAGCCUGCUGGGAGUUCCGACCACACACUACUGAGUGUACAUGCAACCUGUGGUCAGUGUACGUGCACGAGGAGCUGUUUGGUAUCGACAGGGCAAAGGCUCAUGGAGCUCUGACUGCAGAAAAUCGAAACAACCGAGCAGAGCAGUACGUCAAGGGCGGCAAGAACCUCAAAGACUGGAGCAUGUGGGUGGCCCUGGAGACAUACUUGCAGCUCCAGGAAAAGUUUGGCUGGGAUGCCUUUAAGAAGGUGUUUGCUGCCUACCACAAGAUGAGCACCUUUCCGAACGACAACAAAGGGAAGAUGAACCUGUACGUUGAGACUUUCUCCCAGGCUGUGGGGAUGAACCUGUGUGGAUUCUGUAAGUCCUGGGGCUGGCCCAUUGAAACAGCCACUGAGGAGAAACUCUCCAACCUGCCUCCCUGGAGCGACCACCCCAUGGUCAAGUAUGACUGAACUUCUGCUGAAUAAAAGCUCGGAGAGAUGGGUUCAAUGAGUACCAAAUCCUUCAUCCUUCUUUGUUGUUGUUGUUGUUGUAUUUUUACCAUGUGUAUUUCAAUAUUUAAGAAAAAACAGCACUUACAAAACUGACAAGAUAUAUACAGCUUCUAAAUUUAGUAGCUCAACUGAAAAUGGAUUUUUGAAAUACUGACAACCAAAAUACAAAAACCAAGAGGUCAAUAAAUAAACACAGUUGCUACCAGGUUGGCUUUAUUUGUAUAUUGAAGUUAAGUUAGAAAAAUACCUUUGCUGCGGUCAACGCUCACAUUCAGCCACUUUAUACCUGCUUUAUUCCACCUGUCUCAGUCCUUGGUAAAUGCACUGGCACUAAAACCUGUGCUUUACACAUUACGGAGUUAUUUAAUUUCACAGUAAUACUUAAAGUCAUUUAUAGGAAAAAGAAAUGUUCAGUUUCAGGGUCAUAAUAACACUCAUUAUGUGGGUGUGUGGGUAGGUAAGCUGCAUCUUUUCCUGCUUUAAAAUUUGCUCUGUUGCUCCAGCUUGCAGUAGGUUAGUCAAGCUUUGUAGGCUAAACACAUCUUUAAUUUCAUGACAGUAAUAUUUGCCUUAACUGCCAAUGGAAAAGACACUAAUAAACAUUUUACAUCA